AGUUGCUUCCGGCCGCUUGCGCGCAUGUGUGCGUGUGUUUGUGUUCUCUCAAGCUCCGCUAUGCUAGCCGGCUUGGCUUGGACAAAACAGUUUGCUGCUUGUAUAUAAAUUGAUUGCAGUCUCCAGUGCAGUGCAGUGCUUUAGUUAAUCGGACUAAUAACCGAUCUGCAACGCUCGCCGGCAUAAUCGCAUUUUAACUGUAUUUAGUUUAGCUUUGUCGACUUCAUCGCUCUCAUAGCGCUCUAUUGAACUUCUUAAGCAAAAUUAAUUUUUAAGUGAAAUUUUGCGGUUUACAGUUAUUGUUUUAUAAAAAACUUACGUCGUGUAAAAAUGGUGCUGAAAAAACCGUUAUUUCUGUUACUGCAGCUUUUGACUGCGCGCCAAAUAGCGCGUCAAAGCGCACCGGACUGGGAUUACCGUGAUACAAAUAGAUGGAUCGAAGAUUAUCCAACUUGUGGUGGUUCACAACAGUCGCCUAUCAAUUUGGAUCAUUAUACCUCCAUAGGUUCGCUUAAGCCGGCUUUGAAGUUCAGAAACUAUGCGCAGCCGUUCGCUGGCCGACUUACGCUCGUCAAUGACGGUCAUACAGCUGAUAUAACACUGCCUGAGACUGUACGUGGACCGCGGCCAACUAUUACAGGUGGUACUUCGUUCCAGUUACGUAUUGCUAGACAAAGCAACGAUAUUAGAAAAUCUUAUGAGAUUACACGAGAAAAUUUAUGA